AAUAUUCCAAGCCGAAACACCUGCAUUGUGACUUCCUGUGAUCUCGCUUUCGAUCCUUCCUCUUUUGGGGGUGGAGGCGAGGGGGAAGUUAAACUGAAGCAGCUCGUCACUUCUCGCCUUCUCAAGAGCGACCACGCGUUGUCUCUCUCCGCCGCUUGCAGCGGAUCAGAGGAUGCACCUCCUUUUUCUGAAAAAAAGUUGCUUUGCUACCUUCGCGUGGAAAUUGAACCCAUCGUUUUGAACGUAGAAAAGCGCGAGGCACCACCUGCCUGGUGUUGGCCCCAAAGGAGCGGAGCUCAGCGGUCACCUCGUUGGGCGACGUUCCCUCUAGUCCGCCGCGGCCGUUAUUUCUCCUGUUUCCGGUAACUCCAAACGCCAGAGCAAAGUCAUGGACAACAGUCACGGCUCCUUCUUGCCUUAGAAGAUUUUUUAAGCACGUGCAGGGAGUUUCUGAAACACCCCUAUCUUUUUCCCGCCUGUUUUUUUUUUUUCUUUUCUUUUAUGGGUGUGAUUUUUCCUAUAGGAGACUCUUCCUCCCCUUGAACCAUUUUCUGCUUCGGGGGAAAAUCGGGGGAAUUUUCAACUCGCAGCCUUUUUCCAGAUUUUAUUUUGUAACCUUAAAAAUCUGAGAAUGGGUAAUGCAGCCAGCAGCAUGGAAAUGUCUCCAGCGAAGGAGAUUAAAACCCAACCGACUGCUUCUUCGCCUUUACCCCCCAAACAGCCUGCAACCCCCAAACUACCUAUGCCUAAUGCUGAGGAAUUGGAAGAACGAUUCGGACAUGUUCUGAAUUCUAUGAAUCUGCCACCAGACAAAAUGAAGCUUCUGGGACAGUAUGAUAAUGAAAAGAAAUGGGAAUUAAUAUGUGACCAGGAACGAUUCCAGGUCAAAAACCCACCAUCUGCCUAUAUCCAGAAACUGAAGAGCUAUCUAGAAACAGGUGGAUUCAGUGGAAAGUUUAAGAGACGAGUUCAAGAAUCUACACAGGUUCUUCGGGAAUUAGAGAUAUCCCUGAGGACAAACCACAUUGGUUGGGUCCAGGACUUCCUAAAUGAAGAGAAUAGAGGUCUUGAUGUGUUGGUGGAUUAUCUCGCUUUUGCUCAGUGCUCUGUCACGUAUGAUAUGGACAGCACUGACAAUGGGAGCCCUGGGUCGGACAAGGGAAAGCCCCUGGACAGAUCUGUAGAGGACCUCAGCAGAAGCAAUUGCUCUCCCACACAGGGUUCCAUCAAAACGAGGCACUUGACUGUCAGGUGUUGCCAUUUGAACCAGCAGAUCCAAACAUUCUUUCAACAAGUCCACCCCAGCAUCCCCUCUUCCAGCGCCCCUGGCACCGAGCAGGACUGUAAGCCCAGGCCACCUGUCAACUCUUACUCACCCCGACUCAAUCCGGCACACAGCAGGAAGGCCUUACGGAACUCGCGCAUCGUCAGCCAGAAGGAUGAUGUUCAUGUGUGCAUCAUGUGUCUCCGUGCAAUUAUGAAUUAUCAGUCUGGAUUCAGCCUUGUGAUGAACCACCCUGCCUGUGUAAAUGAGAUCACACUCAGCCUCAACAAUAAGAAUGCCAGAACUAAAGCUCUUGUCCUUGAGCUGUUGGCUGCUGUUUGCUUGGUCCGAGGAGGGCACGAUAUUAUUCUGGCUGCCUUUGACAACUUCAAAGAGGUUUGUGGUGAGAAGAACCGUUUUGAGAAGCUGAUGGAGUAUUUCCGAAAUGAAGACAGCAACAUAGAUUUCAUGGUGGCUUGUAUGCAGUUCAUCAAUAUUGUGGUUCAUUCUGUGGAGAACAUGAACUUCCGUGCCUUCUUACAAUAUGAGUUCACACAGUUGGGACUCGAUGAGUACCUACAGAAGCUGCGUUGUACAGAAAGUGAUAAACUGCAAGUGCAGAUCCAAGCCUACCUGGAUAACAUCUUUGAUGUUGGUGCCUUGCUGGAAGAUACCGAAACAAAAAAUGCCAUUCUGGAGCACAUAGAAGAUUUGCAAGAGGAAGUUGGACAGCUCACAGAGAAACUCCAGGAUGCAGAAAAUGAAUCUGAGGCCAAAAUUGCUGAGCUAGAGAAACAGCUGUAUCAGUCACACAAUGAGCUGGAGAUCCUGAGAGCAAGAUCAAGUGAUGAGACGGAGAAGCUAGAUCAAAUUAGCAAAGUUAAUAAGUCAGAAAGCCCUUCUUGGCUCCCAAUGCAGCUUCCACAAGAGCCAAAAAGAACUCCACUAUACUCUGUCUUGGAAGAGAACCUGGAAGAACUAGAAGACAGAGGUUUUAUCCGGAUUAAGCGGAGGCCUGACAGUGAUAGCAUCAUUGGCAUUGAGGUCAUCCCUCUUGUUACUAUUGAAGCAUCUUCAUCAACUAGCACAGAUUAUCCCUCCCUAUCUACAUCUCCUGUCCCCAGUCAUGCUCCAGAAAUACCACCGGCACCACCUCUACCUUCUAUGAAAGACAGUGAUUUUGUGGCUUUCCAUUCUUCUCAAGAGGAGGAGCUGUCACCUAUUCCAAUUCCUCUUCAACCACCACCACCACCUCCCUUAUCAGGGAUCAAUGAGCCUCCACCUGCCCCACCCCUGCCUGAGGUUGUAACGAUACCUCAAGCUCCACCAAUGCCGCCUCCUCCACCACCACCACCACCCCUCUUAACAUUUGGUGGCCCAGCUGCUCCUCCUCCACCACCACCUCCUCCCAUGAUUGAUGGAGCAACUUUGCCAGCAAGUACAGCUACUGCAGCUGUCAAGAUCAAGAAGCCUAUACAGACCAAAUUCCGUAUGCCUGUCUUCAAUUGGGUUGCUCUGAAGCCUAACCAGAUCAAUGGGACCAUCUUCAAUGAACUCAAUGAUGAAAAAGUCCUUCAGGAGCUUGACAUGAGUGACUUUGAAGAACAAUUCAAAACCAAAGCUCAGGGUCCAGGCAAAGAAUUCAGUUCCAUAAAGGCAAAGACUUUACAGAAAGCUCCCACUAAGGUUUCACUGAUUGAAUGCAACCGGGCCAAGAACCUGGCCAUCACCCUCCGUAAAGGGGGGCUCAGUAUUGACAACAUUUGCAAAGCCAUUCAGACAUAUGAUUUACAGACCCUCAAUCUGGAUUUUCUGGAGUUACUGAUGCGCUUCAUCCCAACGGAAUAUGAGAUGAUACUAAUCCGCAAAUAUGAAAAAGAGCAACGUCCACUGGAUGAACUUUCGGAUGAAGACCAAUUCAUGAUCAAAUUCAGCAAAAUUCCCCGCCUAGCAGAACGCAUGAACAUCAUGACAUUCUUAGGCAGUUUUGCAGAUACUGUACAACUCCUUCUGCCACAACUAAAUUUUCUGAUUGUUGCUUCAAUGUCAGUCAAGUCAUCUACCAAACUGCGUCAGAUUUUAGAGAUUGUCCUGGCAUUUGGGAAUUAUUUGAACAGCAGCAAACGGGGAGCGGCUUAUGGAUUCCGGUUGCAGAGCCUUGAUGCGCUUCUGGACAUGAAAUCAACAGACCGGAAACAGACACUACUUCAUUAUAUAGUGCGGGUGAUCCAAGAAAAAUAUCCUGAGUUCCUGAACUUUUCCAGUGAGCUGCAUUUUCUGGACAAAGCAGGGACAGUGUCACUGGACAGCGUGCUUCAAGAUGUGAGAAGCCUACAGCGGGGCAUGGAGCUAGCACGCAAAGAAUUCAUGCGCCAGGAUGACAGUAUCAUACUCAAAGAUUUCCUAAAGACAAACAUAGAAAUGAUGGAAAAGCUUCAGGCAGACAGUAAAACUGCGCAGGAGGCAUAUGAAUCAACAGUGGAGUACUUUGGGGAGAAUCCCAAGACUACUCCCCCAACUAUGUUCUUCCCUACAUUUGUACGCUUUAUUAAAGCAUACCAGAAAGCAGAGGAAGAUAUCAAAGUAUGGAAGAAGCAAGAAGCAGCUGCCAAAGAGGAGUCAGUUUCCCCUGACAAAGAGGAACAGGCAGUACCCAAGCAAUCUCCCACCCAUAAAGCCAAGCGACAACAGAUGGACCUCAUAACUGAGCUGAAGAAAAAGCAGAUGGUGAAAGAGCCUCUCAUUUAUGAAGAAAAAGAUGGUGCCAUUGAAGACAUCAUUUCAGGUCUACGUAUCCAGCCAUACCGGCGGGGGGAUACUGGUCGGCACAGUGGCAAAAAACGAACCACUGGGCAGACUCUUCAGGCGACCUCCGAGAUCUCACUGUGACAGAUUUGAAUGAGAACAAGCUAAAUAAGCCUUGGUUUGCUGAGUGAAGCAAGAACUCAGACCAAGAGGCCUGGACCAAAGACUUUUCCCACCAAGGAAUAAAGGGACUCAGGCCAGGAUGACUGUCCUCUCCCCUUCCCCACAUACACACUUACUUAUAACCUUUGCACAUGUAAAUCCUGCUGGCUAUGUUGCCCACUGGAUCAACAAUAUUUCUUCAUCUAAUAAGCAACUAUAAUCUUGGCCACAUUUGACUGACCUACCAUGGCAGCAGUGGGCAGGAUGGGGAGGCUCAAGUCUCUAAUACAGGGACAGCCAAUGGUGCUAGAAACCUCCACCACCAAAUCAAUAAGAAACAUCUUCCACCUCCAAAAAUCUUUGUGGCAGCUGCUGCCUCUAAAGAAGAAGAAAGCAAUUUGAUCCAGAUUCUUUCUCUCUGCUUUCUUUUCUAUCCAACCUAUUCUGGUUUCUUUAUCUAGGGCAUUCACUCUAUUUUAGUUUUUCAAUUCCUCUUCUAUCCUAGAGACAAGGUGGGAGAGGAUUGUCUGUUUUCUUUCAAGUGUGACAAAAAAUUAUGUUUGUCUAAGUACUGAUGUAGAAUGAUUACUUCCUGGGAAAGUGUAACCUCAGGAUCAUUUAAGCCAUUAUAACAUAGCAAAACAGGGCUAAUUAAUUAGUAAAUCCAAGCUGUUUCUGAGUGGAGCAAACACCCUGUAUACAAAAGCAUCCUGUUCCAGCAUUUUUAAAAAUUUUUUGUAAAGGUGCUGCAUUAAUUUCAUCACUUUAGAAUCAAAACCAUAUUCAGCAUUUCAGCUUUCUGAUAUAGAAUGAGUUGGCUUCAGUGGCCUGUAGCUUUUUCUUUCACAAAAUUUCAUAAUUGCUUCUGGCCACAUCGUCCUGUUGCUUCCUUAGAAUUAUGAAUAAUAAGGCAAGUUCUUAGAAUUGUGAAAAGAAAUGAGGAAAGAACAGGAAUCAUAGGAGGGUUUUUUUUUUUUUUUUGGUCCUCUUUAUACAUUUCCAUACAGUCCAGGUCUGCCCCUUGUUGUGGCCUAUAUUUCACAUUCAACUACAUGUCAACUGUAACUGCAUGAUCACAGUUGCAUCCAAUGUAAUUAGAAACCCAUUGAAAACAAUGUUGCUCUUCUCCCUCUCUAGCAAAGUUUCCCAUGAUUAUAUAUUCUUCUAGAAUAUUUAAUGAAUUCAGCAUCCUUUUCUAGCACAACAAUCAAUCUAGGGAGUUAAUCUGAUCAGUUGAACAGCAUCUCAGGAUUUAGCAAAAGUUUGGCACUUUCAAAAACUACUCAUUCUGAGUGUUGGUGACAAUCACACUGGUUAUGGGAAUUGCUGUUCUUUUCCUUGCCACAUGGUGUCAUUCUUCUGUGGGCUUUAACAAUUUUUUCUUCCAGGUUGCUGGCAGUAUAUAUUACAUAUUAUAUAUAAUAUAUUAUCUCCUCAUCUCCAAUCUUUAGAUGUACAGAUGUCAUACUCUUAUGAGCUUUACUACAAGAGACAAAAAAAUAUAGAGUGGAGGUGACAGUAAUUAGGUAACUCAGGAGAUCUUUAAUAAAGAUUUAAUCCAUCAUUGCAAUGCAUAGUUCUAAUUCUAUACUGAGAUAUACAACUGUUAGUUCAUCUGAAGGAUACCACAUCCUAAUCCAAAUGCAUGUUUCCCCACUUUCUGGAAGCCUGGGGAAAAGGGUUAACUCAUGAAAAAUGGUUUUUUCCUCCCCUUUCCUUUCCCCCACCUUUUUUUGCUGGUUCCACUGCACAGGCAACAAUAUAUCUUACUCCCCCUCUCAAAUCAACCCAAAUUUUUAUGGAUCCUAGCUUUCCCUUCAUUUGCUGAAGGAGAACUAAUUAUAUCUCCUAAAAUAUGUAGAGGGGAAGAGCAACAUCUUCAUGCCCCUCUUUUUUGGGUGGGUGGGUAUGCGGAAGGCAUGGGUUACAGUACCAUCAUUCUGUAUAAUCUGACUCCAUCUGGAGCACUUUAUGCCUGCAGGGACACUUAUGCAAAGUUGCACUUUUGCUUUCCCUCUCAAACUCCAGCAUGCAAGCUUCACAGCAAUAACUACCUAUUUCAGGAGAGAUUAGAUAUGCAUGGACAAAUUUGUUCAGUCUCAACUUGGAUGAAACAAAAUCCUCAACCACCUUUAGCAAUACUACGGCCAUGUCCCUACUGUCCAUCCCAAACUUGCUGUAGACUAGAUAUGCUUAGAAGCCCAGUUUUAGGCUACCAUUGCUUUCCCUAUAAUUUAAGAAAAAUUAAAAUUAUUGCAGCAAAUGCUCAGAAUAGCACAAUUCUUUAUGCCAUGUCUGGGAGCAAGGGGAAAGGUGUGGGGAGGGAGGGUUAGUAAAACAACUGAAUGUGGAACUUAAUUGUUUUCUUAAAAUGCCUUGAAUCCUGUAGAUGAGCCACAAUGCUCUACAUGACUUGUUACUUUGUAUACAUUAUUUUUAUAUAUGGUGUGUAAAUUGCAUUUAAUCCAAAGCAAGUUAACAAAUGAGAGAAUAUAAUACAUGUAUUGUAACAAUGAAAAUUAUGUUCUUGGUGUUGGGAAGUACACUGGGCUCAGAUUUUAAAGACAGGAAAAAUUCAAAAUUGCACUACAAAAAAUCCGUCAAAGAGGAAUUAAUACAAUUUGCAAUAAUAUCAAGGUGUCCACAGAUACAUCCUAUGAUCAUAAACUCAUGGCAGCUCAGAAUUCUGUUCAAGAUGUAGGAUAAGCAAAAGUGCUUAGAGACUACACAACUUGGUACACUUGCCCUACAAAUCAUCUUUCUGUCUGGUUUUUAAAUAAUGACUCUUCAUAGUCUUCUCAAGCUUCAUACCCUCUAGAUGAUAUGGUAGAGGAAAACUACCCAAGUGAAUAGUAUAACAAGUACCUAUUUUACCACUAACAGCAAAAAUUGCCUCCUCAUUCAUUGUCACGUUGAGUUCACAGGCUGUUUCUCCUCCUACUCCUACCCCACCCCCCAAAAGAAUAAAACCAUCAGUUUAGGUGGCAUGUAAAAGGUGUUGCAACUUAGUUCAAAUGCAGGUGGCUAUAUCCAUGAGCUUUUUCUCAGCAGAUAUAGUUUGCCUUUCAGAAUGUGUUUUCAACUUCCCAGUUCAGCCAAGGAAAUAGAAACAUUUUUUUACUGCAAACAUAUCUGAUAGUUGUUAAUCCAUGAUGAUAAUAGAUUCAGAAUGAUUUCCCUCCGAGUAUUACAUGUCGCAUAGAUAAAUUGAUCUGAUCACUUUCAGAAAUUAAAUAUUUGAGAGACUAACCUUUGCUGUGAUACUACAGUUUUGCUUACUGUAUAUAACUAGUCUCAGAUUACUCUACUAUUGUGAUUAAAAUCUGUACAGUA